AUGCUUGAUUUUAUAAAACUGUAAACAAUUAUAAUUAAUUAAUUGUAUUUUGAAACUUGUCAUAAGUCCUUCGUUUUCAUAGUAAAAAAUAUUGAAUGUUAUUAAUGUUUUAAAAAGUACUAUUCAUACUAUCUAUAAUUUAAUCUUUAAGCAGGCAUAUUUAUUACAUAGUUUAUUUGA